AUGGAAAAAGAAGAAUCAUAUGAGGAUGAUACUUGGUCGACUCAAUAUCGCUGGAUUCGGGAUUCCUGUGAAUCAACGGAGCAUCCAAGUAUUAAUGAUAUGUCAUUUUAUAAUUCGAAUUUUUUGCAGUAUGAUAUAGACCCAGUUAAAACGGAAAAAAUCCGACGAUUAGCGAGAUUAUUGGAUGAUACACAAAUGUCUACAAAAACGAUUAGAAAGGAGAUUACAUUGAGAACUCCGUAUAUUGCUUCAGACUCUAUAUCGAAUAGAAAGGAAUAUUCUCAAGAAAUAAGUGGAUCAGGAUCGAUUUUGAAUAAUGAGCUUGAAGCAGCAUUAUCAUUUGAUAAACAUAUAAAUAUCCACAUGAAUAAGAAGGAAUCUAUGUCUUCUAAAUCAUCAAGUAGUAUCCCUACAUUAACAGCGAAUAAUGAUCAAUCUUUUUUAGAGCCAUCAUUGCUUGAAUCGUCUGGGGUAUCGAGCUGUACGGCGCCGAGUUCGUCAUCAGCAGCUUUUUUGAAAAAAAAUCAUCAAGAAACAUCUCAACCAGAAACACAAUCUAAAAAGUCGCCAAACAAAAGUGACACAUCUUCUAGUUUUUCCUGGAAUUCCGAAACGGUUAAAGAGUAUUUAAACGAGAUAUUGGAGGAAAUAUAUCAGGAGAAAAAAGAAGAAAUCAAACUAUUUCAUAAAUCAGAUCAUUACAAACGAUUUUUAGGUCAAAAUACAGGCAUAAUACAAAAAAAUACUAAUUCUUUAGAAAAAUUAAUUGAUGAAAAAUGUGAAGCAUCUAAGAAAUCCAAAAAUAUAUUAGAUCUUAUGAAAGAAAAAUUAUUUUUGGAUUCACACGAUUCUAAUCAUGAUACAAAUAUGUUUGAGAAUCAAAAUCCUUUAAAAUUACAAAUAAAAGAUCAGUCCAAGCUUUUAUCUGAAGAGAAAAUACAUAUUUCUCCACGAAAAACUGAAGCUAAUAACUCUUAUAUUCAGGAUUCUCUUGCCGAUGUAUCUAAUCAUUUUCUAAACAAGGCUACGUCUUGCAAAAAUUCACCAAGUGUUUCGAAUAAAAAACAGACUGAUGAUCAAAAGUAUACAGAAACAAAAUCUAAACAAGCAAAUUCUGAGAAACAAUAUUCAUGUGAGGAUCAUGACAAAUAUAAAGAUAUUAUUAAUAUUCAAAAUUCCCUUAAACGGCUAGCAAGUGAAUAUGAUACUAGAGGAAAUAUGAUAGAUAAGUUAAUUGAUGAAUUUUCUGCUUUAAAAUCUGAAGCUAAAAAUCAAAAUGAUGAAAAUGCGUUAAAAACGACUUUUGAUGAGACUAAAAAACAUGCUCUUUUUGUAGAAAAAGAUCUUGACGCUGCUAGAUUAGAAAUUGCUGACUUAAAAACAAUUUGUCAUGAUUUAAUUGAUGCAUUAAAAAUAAACCCACAAAAUAUUCAAAAAUACUAUCCAUCUACACCAAGAUUAGGAAAUGAGGAAUCAUUAAAAGAAAAAAUGAUGCGUUGGAAAACACAUCUUUCUCCUCAAUUUUCUCCAAUACAAAGCACAAAACCUUUUGGUUUUACUCAAAAUGUAAACAUUUGUGAUAGAAAAGAACCAUUACAUGACUUAAAUAUUCCGGCAAAUAUACAAAGUCCUCGACAAAAAAUAUCACCUGUUUUAGAUAAACAAAAAGAAACUCCUGAAAACUUCCCUAUAACUCAACCAUCUUAUCUCGAUAAUGAAGCUUUAUCUAAUGAAAAGAUUUAUAAUCUUAAAAUGCAACUUGAAAAAGCAGAACAAGAAAUUGAAAGAUUAAGAUCAAUUAUUCCCGAUGUAUCACAUGAACAUCACACAAGACCAAUUACUCCACAAAAUAUGCCAGAUGCUCAUAAACCAAUUUCUAAAGCUGAGAAAAUCUAUUAUAGUUUGCAACUUUAUAAAAUAGAUAAACUUUGUUCUAAUGAAACAUCUAAUCUUCUUAAGAAUAUUCUUAUUCAACUUAAUAUACCGUUUGAUUCUCUUCCGGAAACUAUUACAAGUAUUAGAUAUCAACUUCAACAAAGCUCACGGCUUAGAGAGUUUGCAGAAGAAGUUCAUUUAAGUUUAUACGAAGGAGAGCCAAUGGAUCCUAAACUUGCAAGCAAGAAAUGUUUAGGCGAUAUGAUUACAAAGGUAGAUCAGCUCGCAAGAUCUUCAAGAAGGAGAAGGAUACGGCGCAGUAUAAUCUAA